AUGGAACAAAAAAUUAAAACAACCUUAUUUAUUAACAUUUCUGCGUUUUUCCUUUUACCAUGGAUAUACCAUUUUAAGAGUGAUAUGAGUACAUUUAGUAAAUCCACGGACGAAAACUACAAGGUUAGUAGCACAUUAGUUACAAGAAAUUAUCGAUUACUAGCAAAAUAUAUACAACAUAAGGAAUCAAUUAAUUUAGUAUUAAAAAAUGAUAUACGAAAUAAUGGAUAUUACAAAAAAAAAGAUAUACAUAAUUAUGAAAAAUUAUCCAAAGGUAAGGGUAAUCAAACAAACGAUAAUUCAUCAAAAGAUCCGAGAAGACACAAACAAGAUAAGAAAAAAAAAUCUUGUAUAUUUGAAACAAAAAAAUAUUCUCAUCUAGAAAAAAAAAUAUUCAAAGAACUUGAUUUUGAAGAUUUUCUUAAAAACAACAGAACAAUUAGUAAUCAAAUUUACAAAAAAGUUAUACGAAAAAUGUACGUAUUACGAAUUGCUUUACCUUUAAUAUUAUUCUCUUUUUUACUGAUAUCAUUCAUAUUAGAUUUAUCUGUGGGUUACGGUGUUCAAAAUGGGUUAUAUAAGAUAUUGAAAGCUUUUGGAUGUGGUGAAUGGAUGAAGACAUUUGGCAGAAAGUUUAGUGAACUUGUAGGGGGAAAAUGGGCUAUAUAUUUAAAGCCGUUCUUUAUGCCUGCAUUUGAUUCCAGUGGGAAGUCCAUUCCUCGUGUAUUAGAUUCUUUCUUCGGUAUUGUAAUUUAUUUUUUACCUUUCGUUAUAUUAGGUGUCACAUUUAUAUCGUGGAUAAUUUAUUAUCAUAAAAAAGUUAAAAAAUAUGAAAAAAUUAAGUUCAGAAAAAGGUAA